CAUCGAAGUACGCCAAAAUGGCGGCUUCAGGAGCCGUUGAAACUCGUGUGUUAACAUACACGAUCCACAAAUGUUCCAGCUAUUCUGCAAACUAUUUGCCCACGUAAGACCUCAUCAAGGCUUCUUUUUGUCAUUUGGUGGAAUUUCGCGAAGGUGACACCGGCUAAUUUUGGAAAUUUUUAAAUUUUAUUCAGGAAUAUUUUGGAGGACAAACCGAAUGACCAGUCUUCGAGAUGGUCUUCCGAUAGCAACUACCCUCCGCAGGUAAGAAUUAAAUGGCGAUCGUCAAGUGGAUAAGCUUAUAAAUCAUUAACAGGGUCGUGUAUCUGUGAGAAAUACUCGCGAUUUAAACAACAUGAUUAAUUCAAGUCAUAAUAUAAAAUAAUCACUAGGCAAGUGUCUAGCCGAUAUCUGUAUCUGCAAUGAUUAGUAAGGAGCAGCUUGUUAAUUACAAAUUGGAAGAUGCCAGGAUGAUUUGCACUGAUAGUUUUGUCAUGAGUACCAUCUACACUUAACCUUGGUUAUGAUGUAUACCUUUUAUCAGGUUAUAAAUGCACAGAAAAAAUUUGGGGUGUAUCACAGCUGAUUUUUUUGUCCUUGGUGAGUGGACAAAAGUAUGGAGAGUUUGCUCUUUGUAAAGGAUAGAAAUCCAGUAUUAUGACAUUAGGCAUUGAUGUUAGUUUUCAAUAUAACUUAUGGUCUUGUGCAUGCCACACCUAAGUUUUUUAAAGUUUGUUAUAAAAUAGAAACUCAGAUCAAAGAUGGGGACCCUGAAUGUUUUUUUCUUUGACCCACACUUGUGGCAAGAUGAAAAACAUCUUUCUCUAUUUCUUUACCAAGCUUAAAACUUACCAUCUUCUUAUUCUAUUUGCCAAACAUGACGCUAUUGACAUUGCUGAUCUCAAAAGUAUGCAGAGCGUGUGUCAUAUAUGAUCUUUGUAGUGGAUCUUGCUCACGAUAGAGCAUUGGAGCACAGAAUCUAAACGUCUGAGGUGUGAUUGACCUCAUGGGGACUCAAAAUUUUUUUCCUUUGUUCCCUGCUCGUGACAAAACAAGGAACAUCUUUCUCGCACGAAAGAUCUUUGUCAUUUGUUUAACCCAGCAUCAGUAUCCGCAUUCUUUAUACUCUUCCCUAUACCUUUUAUUUGGUAUUGACAAGAAGAAUAUGUUUAACAGUUGUAAGGUGGUGAUCAUUUUCUUUAUUCUCAUGGUCUUAAUAAAUGACUUCGCAUUAAUCAAGUAUAGAGAAAUCAGGUGCUGGUCACUGUUAGGGUUGAAAGAGUUGAGAGAAUUGUAUAUGUAAACAACAGCAGUUAACUUUAAUUUUAUCAUUUGUUUAUCUGUUUGUUUUUUUUCUUCUGCAAAAGCUUUUACCUUUUUUAUUUUUAGUUUCUUAUACUGAAAUUGGAGAAGCCAGCUAUUGUUAUGACUAUCACAUUUGGAAAGUAUGAGAAGACCCAUGUAUGCAAUCUCAGGAAGUUUAAGAUUUAUGGUGGACUGAAUGAUGAACACAUGACUGAGUUGUUGCAAAGGUAACUGGUUUCACAGUGGCUCUGGAUCCUGAUAAAUUGUUGCAGGGACCCUUUUGAUUUCCAGUAAGACUGGCUGAAUAUUGUGGAAGUGUGUAAAAAUAAUCAAAUUUUAUUGAUACAGGAUUUGAUUUCUCUACUAUUUUAUAUUUUUAUCCACAAAUAUAAUCACAGUGUUACUGUAGCCCUCUACACCCUUACAUAUGUAUAUUCUCCAUACUGUUUUAUAUACAUAUCUUAAGAUGCUGACAAGGAGAAUUUGUUUAAUAAUCAAGGACUUCCUUACAUGUAGUUGGUGAUCGUUUCCUUUAUUCUUGUAACCUUACUGUUUGAUUCAGGACUGACAUUGUAGGGAGAAAUUAGAUGCUAGUCAUUUUUAGGGGUUGAAGGAUUACCUCAUGAGUGCAAAAGGUUAACUACUUGUUGAAACAGAAUGUCAGUAGAGCCUUUUCUGAGAUGCUGUUUGUUUUUUUUGCAGCGGAUUAAGAAAUGAUCACAUAAAAGAGGCAUUUGAGCUUCAGCAUGAACUGGAUGGCAAAAUGUUCCCUUGUCAAUUUAUAAAGAUUGGUGAGUUCCUACGAUCUACCUCUUAUUUCAGUGUUGUGAUCAUUGUUCCUUAUUUUUGUUUUAAAUUAAUUGCCAAAUGCCUUAAAUUUUAUUUGUGAACAUUCUCCUAAAAAUCAAUUUAAAUUAGAUGACCAAAAUAUAUGGAAUUAAAAAAUGCUUUUAAUUUAGUUUUGAAAUUUAACCAGUUGAUACCAAUGCUAUGAAAACUGAGAAAUUUUCAGGAGAAAAAAGCUGUAAAGAAGCCCUCUGAGAGUGCAGUCAAACAGAGUUCACUGGUUUUCUUUCCAACUAUUUUCAGUUCCAAUCAUGUCAUGGGGACCCAGUUUUAACUUCAGUAUUUGGUUUGUGGAGCUUUCGGGAGUAGAUGAUCCAGAGAUUGUUCAGCCUAGUCUUACGUGGUUUAAUACUGUAAGUGGUACUUCUUGAUCAUUUGUUGAUUUAUGUGUAUGGUGAAUCCCAGCUUAGAUGCUUCCUGAGUCACUCUAUAGCUCUAAGACAAUGGAUUUAAUGCAGUACCAGGGUUUUUAUGGGUCCUGGAAAACCUGAAAAGUGCUGGAAUUUUAUUUUGACUUUUUCCAGGACUGGAAAGUCCUGGAAAUCUGCUUAAAUCAAGCAAUAAAGUUUUGAAAAUUUGCAUUGUAAGAAAUGUGCAUAGGCUGUAAGGAGAAUUGAUUUUGAAAUCUUGGGAAUGAGACAGUUUAAGGUGAAAUUUUUAUGUCUUGGAAAAAUCAGUCUUGGGCCUGGAAAGUCCUGGAACAGUCCUUGUUUUUUAUGUAUUCCAUGAUGUUUUAACCCCUUCACUCCCAAGAUUUCUUUAGUAGUUCCCCUUACUGUCUGCAUACAAUUCUUAUGAGGUUGAUUUGGAGAAUUUGGUAUGAGAUCAAGACAGUUUUUGUUAUUCUCAUCACUUGUCUGCUUGAUAUUGUGUUGAUAUCAUAAGAAGAAAUUCUGUCUCAGUCUGACUCAUGGAAGUUAAAGGUUAAGGCUUUUUGGGAUCUGUGGCACUCUGACUCCUACAAAGGAUUGUAGUCAGAGACAAUGGUAGAGUGAUAUUUCGUUCAUCUUAACACAAGACAUCAUCCAUCAUCGGGGUAAUCUGGAAAUGACUUCCAUUCAGAUUGUUGAACCUAACUUGUAAUCAUCCACAGCAGCCCAUUUCAGGACUUCUCUUACUUUGUCUUAAUUCCAGUCUUUUGAUUUUUGUUAAUUUGUUUCUGACUGUCAUCUUGCAGUAUCGUGAAAGAGAAGCCAUACGUCUUUGCUUGAAACAUUUUCGACAGCACAACUAUGCAGAAGCUUUUGAAUCCUUGCAGAAAAGAACAAAAAUCAAUCUUGAGCACCCCAUGCUGACAGAACUCCAUCAGAAACUGGUAACAAUCUUGUCAUGAGUUUAUCUUCAACUGUUAUUGUUUGGUGCUGUGCUGCGAUGUAUUGUUUUGGUGCUGGUGAUGUAAACAGAUUGAUUUAACUCUUAAGAUGGCAAUUUAAUUUAAUUUAAUUUAAAUAAAUGUCUAUGUCCAUGAUGAUAUAUUUUGCAUCUAACUGUUACUUGUGAAUUGAAAUUGCAAUUUUUUUUGUUUUUGUUGUAUAAUUUUUUACCAGGUGAUAGAUAAUGACUUUGAUGGAUGUGAGAAAAUCAUAGAACAAGCUUCAAAUGGUAAUUUCUAUUUGAUUUUCUUUAAUCUGAGAUUUUAGUAGAGGUGGUAGUUGCAUAGUAAUGUUGAUUCAGCUGCAUGUGAACUAAAAUUAACUUUCAAGUUUAGAGGCAGAUUUUUUGUUUUAUUUGAUGUCAUGUUUCAUGUGCUGACAUGCACUUGUAAUGGUUACUGUCUGUUCUUUGUACCCUUUUUAGCCAUUUUCAGAGCACAGACAAACCAAUCUACAUUAGAUUAACUUUUUUAAAUGUGCAAUCCCCAUGAGUGACCAAAACAGAAUUUCUCCUUACAAUGUCAAUACAAUAUCAAUCAGAUAAGUGAUGAGAAUACAGAAAAAUAUCAAUUUGAGGAUAAUCAGUUGAUCCAAUACUAAAUUCUCUGAACUACCGUAAUUUCCGGUCGAUUACCCGCAGGUAAUCUGUUGAUUUUGCAUUAAAUCCGCGCCACUGCGGGUAAUAGGGAGGUGCGGGUUAUGUGACAAUUUUAAAUUCUUCUGGAAGUUGAAUUGAAAAAAUUUCUCACCUACCUGCGUUUCCACCUCUCAAAUGAAUUUUAUUGUAUCAAAAGUGCCACAAAGCGGCACGAAAACAUGAUGCCAACUCGAGUUUAUUUCACGCAUAAUUAGUUGCGUGACAAACAAAUUUUUAUCGGCACGCACGCGUGAAAACAAAACCUUGAUGGUGACAAAAAUAAUCCAAGGAUAUCCGGCGCAUCAGUAACAAAUUUCCAGUUUUCACUAGCUUGAGCUAAAGAGAAUUUUCCCGUUUUAAGGGACUUGUUAGGCCCAGUAGAACAGGAGAUAUCGAUUUUUUGAGAAAUUGCCGACAGUAAUUUUAAAUCCCAAAUGCAUCACCAGAAUGUUGAAAAUAAUAGGUGCGAAACUUAACUAAUUUCGCUGAAAAAGUAUUUUAACGACAAAUGAACAAUGGAUAUUGCUCAUUACGCUCCCUACAUGCUAUAAAAAGGUAACUGACUGAAUAAGAAUUAUAAACCUCGAUCAUUCGCGAUAAGUGUAUCCACGAGUCACCAAUUAAGUUAAAAUGCCUGCUGUGAAACGCCCACGUCACAGUUUUACGUUUGAUUAUAAGCUUAGAGUAAUAACUCUUGCCGAUGAAAUCGGUAAUAGAGCAGCAGCAAUAAUCAAUCAAUAAAGUAUAAGCUAAUAUUGACACAGAAUUGUGCACAUGUCUGAAUCGAAAGACUGAAAUGUAUCGCCUUAAUGUCACGUUUUCGCCACCGAAAAAGUUGAAUAACAACGUGCGGGUUAUCCACCGGUGCGGGUAAUCCGUUGACUUUUUUUUUCGCCGUAUGCAAUAAUCAGCCGGUGCGGGUAAUCGGCCGUGCGGGUAAUCGACCGGAAAUUACGGUAACAUUACAAGAAUUGUAUGGUUGACAGUAAGGAGAAUUACAAAUUUGAUCUGGGAGUUAAAGGGUUAAAGUAAGCUUUAAUUUGUGUGUAUUGUUUGUUCUCUAGAUGCUAUUUUUAGUCAUUAUAUCAGUCAGCAAGAUUACAAACCCAAGUGGAAAGCGAUAAUUCCUCUUGCUGCUCAAAGUAAGUUAUUGAGGGGAUGAGAUUAAGGUAUAAGAGUCAUUAAGCUGUUCAAUUACUCAUUUAGAACACCAUUUAGAAGUAAAAUUAAUGUACUGAUUAGAAUCCUUCAUAUGAAAGACUGUAAGAUUUUAUAAACAAGGUCACCUUGUGAAUCACAUUCAUUUUCAAGAUUAUUAACAUAAUUAUGAAUUCAGUUUUUAAUGUUGUAUCACUUAAGAAGUUAAGUAGCAGAAUAGUGUAAAAGGCUGGGGAAAAUUAUCAACAUCUUAGUUAAAAAUAAUGUGGCCAUCAAGAUUUGACUGGUAGUAAUUCUGUGGCUGGAGAAUUCUCUGAUCUUUAACCUGUUACACCCCAACAUCAGUUUGCAUAUUCUCCAUUCUGUUCUCUUUACAUUUCUCAAGGUACUGACAAGGAGACUUUGUUUAACAAUCAUGACUCCUUUACUUGAUGAUCAAUUCCUUCAUUCCCAUAAACUGAAUAUAUGAAUCAGAGCUGAUCUUGUUAGGAGAAAUUAGAUACUUGUCAGUGUGAAGAGAACACAGCAGAGUCUCAGAGAAGAAAUGCACCUGGUGUUUCGUACAUUCUAUCUAUAAAUAGCAUGUUUAUAAACUAUGCAAUUCUUCACAAAAUACAUAGAGAAUUGGAGGGAUAUUUCCUUUAGGAGGCCUCUAGUUGCUUCAACAAUCAAAUUGAAAUUGAACAAUAAAAACUGUAUGUAACAUUUAUUAACACCAAUGUUCAUUGUCAUGUUCUGACCGCAGAUGAUGAUAGCAGUAGUUCAAGGCCAGGUAUGAGAGGUGGGCAUCAGAUGUCAAUUGACAUGGAAUCUCAGGUGAUUUACCUGCUUGGCGGCUGGGAUGGGAUGGUGGACCUGGCUGAUUUCUGGUCAUUUACUGUGGAGUCUUCUCAGUGGACAUGUCUGUCACGUGAUACAGAGCAGGAAGGUGGACCAUGUGCCAGGUCUUGUCACAAGAUGUGUCUGGAUGGCAAGAGAAAGUUGAUAUAUACUUUGGGAAGAUACUUAGACUCAGGAAUGAGAAAUGUAACACCACUUAAGGUAAUGUACACUUAAAUUGUGUGACAGAGAGAAUUGGUGACCAUUGAGUGACUUCUAGUCGAUGCAAUUUGUUCAAAUUUGACAGUUUGUAAUAAAGAAAUCAUUUGAACCUCCAUUCUGGUUUAAAUGUGUCUGAAUAAUUGGUUAUAUUUCCUUUGAAUUUUGACUGAGACAGCUUGAUUAAUGUUUUGGAAUUAUUCAGAGACAACUCUUAUUAAGGGUAUUGUUACAAUAUUGAAAUACAUUUGAGCACUAAAUUACAGUAUGUGCUCAUUUUGUCAUAUUUUUUCAUGACUCAGGGCUCUUAGCCAAACUUUUUUUAAGUUGCCAUUUUUCGAUGUAAAAUCACAACAAAGUUUCCAAAUCUAAAUUAUAAUAUUUUGAGAAAUAUUAAUCUCAUAUUGUUUCAACCAUAGACAAAUGUAUUCUGCAUGAUAAUUUGAAUUAUUCAGGCAUUUUGAUUGGUUCUUAGUUAUGAACUAUUGGAGGACAGAUGCAUAGAUGAUGUCAUCACUUAAAAACAACUUGCUCUGUUAUUAUAUAAAUUACAAUUUGGUUCUUGCUCUAUUUCGUUGUCAUAUGUGAUCUAUUACUGAAUAGAUCGAUGCACAGCAUCAAUAAUUCUAUUUAUUUAACAGACUUCUGAUUGCUAGUUUUGUUUCUUUUUAUUUUACCAGAGUGAUUUUUAUGUUUAUGACAUAACCAGAAAUCAAUGGACGCUUAUCAGCGCAGACACAGCAUCUGAAGGAGGGCCACCUCUUAUUUUUGACCAUCAGGUCUGUGUGAUACUGGAUUAUUUAUUCUUGGAUAUUUAUUCUUCUGUCACACUAUAACAUCAGUAUGCAUAUUCACCCAACUGUUUCUCAUACAAUUACUAAGGUGCUGAAGAGGAGAAUUUGUUUAACAAUCAAGAGCUUCUUUACUGAGUGAUCAUUUCCUUUAUUCUCAUGACCUUUAUGCUUGAUUUAGGGGUGAUAUUGUAAGGAGAAAUUUGAUGCUAGCUACACUUGAUGGUCUAAUGGUUAAUUAUUCUUCUGUUAGCAGGAAAAAAAACCAAUGUUUGUGAACAUAAAAAUUUUUUUGUAAUAUGCAUCAUCAGAGUCUUUUUGUCAAAUUUUUUUAUACAGCAUGGAAUCUUUUUCCCUGCUCCAUAAUAUGCAACAACCUAUCAACUUUUGUUGUUUCAUUUUGCAGAUGUGUAUUGAUGUUGAAAAAAGCACAAUUUAUGUGUUUGGUGGUCGUGUACUCACAAGGUAGGAAAAAAAGGAGAAGAAAUCAUUAUAUAUUAAGAGGUUUAUUGCAGAAAAGGCUGAACGGAUUUGUUUGUUCUUCCUUCACAUUUUUAUCCGCAGAGCUAAAAGUAGUAGUUUCUUUUUUAGCUCAAGUGGAGACGAGAGAGCACAGGAAACCCUAUUUAGCGGACUGUACUCGUACAACUGUCAAACAAAUACCUGGAAUAAACUCAAGUAAGCUGGAAUUUGAAAAUGUUUUUAGAAUUAGCCAGUUCCUGGCAUUCGGUUUGGAAAACGGAGUGAAAUAGUAGAUGACGGAAAAGUGAAAAAGCGGCGGAGGCUUGGGUCGACUUGCGUAGAGGACUUAACGCGAGCCGACCCAAACCUCUCUUGUCUUUUCACUCCGCCGCUCUCAUAGCGCUGUUUAAUAUUGCGCUUCAAUUUACUAACUGAACGCCUGAAACAGGUGAUGAUAAGAUAGGGAUAAUAGCACUGCAUACUGUGAAAUUAUGUUACUUGGGAAGUUGCUCAACAAAUUCGUAUUAUCGUAUCGAUACAACAUGCAAAUGUGACGCUUCAGAGAUCUCACAUUUUAAUGGUACAAUUUUGACUUAAACAGUAGCUGGACUGAUUUUGUCUCUGUUGUUUUUUGUAGGGACGACUGUCCUGAGCUGCGAUCAAGGAUAGGACACUCAAUGUUAUUUCAUCCAGUAAGUCAGGAAAAACAAUCGUGUAACUUUCAAAUAUUUAAUUAUGAAUAUCAUUGUCCUCAGAAAAGCACUCUCAAGGAAAGAGUAAGGUAAAUUUUAUUUAGCCUUGCAUUGUUCUCCUUUUCAGGCAGUAACCGGUAACAUUUACCACCUGUAGUGCCUCAUAUUACCGUUUAAAAUUGCUUGGAAUUCUUUAAAAUUCAACGGGUAAAAGGAUUGCUUUACCUUUACUUGUCAUGCUUAAAAUAAGGGAGAACACUGGCCGUGGUGGCCUAUUCAGCUGCAUGGCUGUUAUCCAGAGGGGCCCUGGUACCAAGCAUGACGGGGUGUUAUCCAUGGAAAACCCUUAAUAGGCACUAUUUGUUAAGCAAAGUUGACCUACAUUGCCCUUGCACUGAAAGAAAUAUAACAAAACCUUAAUUUAUUGUAGCUGGGAGAAUGAGCCAUCAAACUGUAAUGUCCACUUGUUUAAUUAAGUGCUUGGCGAAUAACGCUCACCAGCGAAUUACUCAAUGUCAGUUUCUCUUUUUUUUGCAACUCUUUUUCACGCAGGAGAAAAGACUUCUAUAUAUUUUCGCUGGACAAAGAGGAAGAGAAUUUUUAAGGUACUAUAUGCAGUGAUGUUGAAGUGAAUUUAAUCUGAUGACCAAAUUACUUAAAGCAUGCAAAACUUUUUUCAUUCUGAGUAAUUUUAGGACCUUUUUUUCCUAUCCUUCAGUGACUUUAUUACGUACAAUGUGGACACCCAUGAAAUAUCAUUUAUAUACGAUGGAAGCAAAAAAGAAUCUGAUCAAGGUAUAUCUACAAUCACUGCAUUUCUUUUUUACAAUUACUAUAGUAGCCGUUGUUGAUUUAAUGAUAUUUAUGAGUUUUGUUUAAGUACCCUUCUUUUCUUUAUUUACAGUUCCUGCAGCAGGUUUUACUCAGAGAGCAACAAUUGAUCCUGGACUCAACGAAAUUCACGUAUUAUCUGUAAGUAGAUCUCUCUUGAGCCUGCAGUUCUUUACGUCACCGUCUCUCUUGUUACGUAAAAGUUGAGAGCGGGAAAGCAUGAGUCUGCAAGGGGCUUGCCAAACCCUUAGCAAACCUCUCCACAACUAAAAAUGAAGGCUUGCUCCCAGGGUACAGUGCAACAGGAUGUAGUUGAUAAACCAUUACACAUACGAUCACGGUACGCGUCUGUUAAAAUCCCAUUCGCGACAAUGGUCCGAAAAGCGAAGUUAGAAGUUUACACUCGUACACGCACGCGCGUGACUGUAUCAGUAGUGGUAAGCCCACAGUAAUUACGGUCUGCAGUUUUCGUCGUAAGAGUAAAGGCUACGAUAUUUUACAGAUACAUAACGCGAGCACAUUCAUCUGCGAUGAAACAGAAAAAUACGAACCCCUGGUCUUUGUGGCUACGUAUAGUGUGCUGCACUAUUUACGCUUCCCCUCCCUCCCCUUUCCUCUCCUCCCUCGUCAGUUUAAGCAAGUCAUUAGGUUCGCAACAAAACGUUGUGUGCUUUUUAUUAGUUGCAACUGUACAGGAGCUUUUUGGAGCCCUUGUUUUUGUUUGCACAGUGGACUGGAUGUUACAUCAAGUUUGAAGAGCUGUAAUUUGAUGGGUUCAUUCAUCUCUUUAGGGUCUCAGUAAGGACAAGGAAAAACGUGAAGAAACAGUCAGGAAUUCUUUUUGGGUAUACGAUAUGGAACGAAAGUCGUGGUAAGUAUUUUAAAACGUGGAAAAUUGACAAUAACCUUCCCCACCCAAACGAGCACCGAUUUUUGACAGUUUGUCUGAUUUUAGGUCCUGUUUUUUUUUUUUUCGGACAGUAUCGUUUUAUUUCGGGCAAUUGUGUCCGGUUUCAGACGGACAGUUCGACUAAUUUCAGACGCUUGGUGUCGAUUUUGGACGCUUGCGGUUAAUUGCGGACGUUAGCGUCUGAUUUCGAACGGUUCCUUUUGAUUUCUUAAGGUUCUAUCCGAUUUCUGCUAAUUCAAUAGCUCUACACACAAAGUUAAUCUGUAGUUUACUACUUAUGGAUCCUUCUAAUGACUAUUUUUCUUGUAGGUCUUGUGUUUACAAGAAUGAGAACAUGGGUCAGCAGUACUGGACCAAGAUGCAGAAUGUAGAGCCUUGCCCUCGGUUUGCACAUCAGUUGGUGUAUGAUGAUAUUCAUAAAGUACAUUAUCUGUUUGGUGGCAAUCCUGGAAAAUCCAGCAUACCCAAGAUGAGACUCGAUGACUUCUGGUCGCUGAAGGUAAUCAGACUUUGAUUCAAAAUUUUAACUGUCUAUCUGUUUAUUUCGUUUACUCUUAGUCUCCUUCGCGGCUGUUCUCUUGGAUGUCACGCAACGCCCCCUCAUCUUGCGCUACAUCCUAGAGAAUGACUGCCAAGGAAACUAGGUUACCCCUUAGCCUGAUCCGGGUUUGUCACGUAGUACCCCAGCGCAUGUUACUUUGUGUGACAUUAUUUUACAAUUUGGAUGUGAGUUAGUUGUCAAAUUUUUCUGUUGCAACCUGAGAGUAACAAACACUUUUAAACUUUUCAAGGGUUUCAAAAUUCAUUUACGGAACGGAAUUGAAUGCGCUGAUUACGCUCGAGAACAUGCAAUUACCUUGUCAAAAUUUAGUUGCGUUGCGUGACCCAAAAAAAAGUGGUCAACUCGGUACGCGGCUAUCAAUGUUUAGCCUUGUUAAUACUGUCCAUUGAUUUUAUUUCCCGUUUAUUUGUAGUUGUCAAGACCUUCAAGAGAACACUUAUUAAGAAGAUGUCGAUACUUAAUUCGUAAACAAAGGUACUGUUACCACUUAUUGCUUUUCCCCUUUUUUUAACUGCCAAUUUGUAUCAUUAAUCCCGCAUCCUUUUGAUUUAACUGGUCGGCUUUACUUUUUCAUCCCAUCAACAUGUAUUGGACCCGCCCGACCUGAACGCGUAAAGCCACAAAAAAUUCCUCCUUUACGACACUCUUAUUAUUUGUUUUUCCUUCUCAGGUUUCAAGAGAUGGCUGCUCGUGACCCUUACGAAGCUCUUCGUUAUCUGCAGGUACUUAUUAAAUUUCUAAAUUCCCCCUAACUUGUAUCUUGCACAGAUACUGGUGAAUCUCUUCUCGUGAGAAGGAGUAAGGGUCUUGAGUGAAACAGAAUGCUUCUCGAGAGAAACGUGACACGUCUCGUGAGGAGCUAGACAACCUUGCGUGAAAAAUUUUAUGUCUUGCGAGAAACCAAACGCACUACUUGAGAUAAAUUUACUUCUCGCAAAAUGAAAUGCACAACAAGCGAGAAACAGGGCGCGUCUCGCGAGAAACACGUGAUCCAGAAAACACGUGCGCAAUACGGAGCAUGCGCCUUGCAAGAGAAGAGGACUCUACUCGCGAGAAACCGCCAAACGCACAUUGAGUGAAGAGAACAUUUCUUGUGAAAAGCAAGUCGCAUCUCGCGAGAAACAGGGUGCUCUUCAUAAGAAACAAAAAGCGUCAUGUGAGUAACAAGACACUUCAGGCAAAAUUCAAGACGCGCCCCGUGAGCAAUCAUAGAUGUCUUGCGUGUACCAAAACGCGCUACGCGAGAGACGAGACUGGUUUACAAAAAGCCGGAUUACGCUUCGCAAGAAACAAAACGACUGUGCUAAAGAGAAGACGAGUUUAGCAUAAUUCAAUACGCGCCUCGCGAGAAACAAGACGCGUUGUUCUACCCCGCCCAAAGAUCGAUUGUCAACCGCUGUUCUGGAAAUAAGCCCGCGCUCCUUGGGACUGGGCUUAUCCCCGCCCCACACCUCCAAGAAGAAUCUUACCCUCUCUUUCAAAUUUGAGUCACACUCUGCUUUUUUCUCCCUAGCACGAGCUCUCGGAGACAGUCGCCCAUGAUGAUCCGGACGAGAGUCAAGAGGUGAUUAAAGCCAUAAAAUACUAAAAGUUAAUGAGCUAAGUUACCCAGUGUUAGUUUUCCCUUCUCCCCUCAGCCCCCGUUUCUUUUCUUUUUUUUUUCUUUUCUUUUUCUAUCUUUCUUUUCUUUUUUUUUUCCCGAAACGAGCAUAAUAUGGUCGAUUAGUGAACGAUUACGAGCUUCUAACUAAUUUACGCGUCAGAAGACUUAAGCGCACUGUGGGUUAUCUGCAAGUGCCCUUGUGUUUCCCUGGACGAGAACUUAAAAUUCCCUCUUAAUAGUAGAUUUACAAAUCGCUUAAAUAAGGUAUGUCGUGUGGAAUGGUUGUAGUUGGUAAGCAUUCCUUUCUUUUGUUUACAGUUUCGUCUUAUUGCAUCCAGUCUAUUUUCUCAGUCAGUCUCCACACAAGAUCGAAUGGAAACUGACGCAGGUGAGUUAUCUUUCAUAGUUAUGUUUCAUAAUUGAAAAUGUAAAUUGGCCAUCGUAAAGAGUUACUAAAGCUAACGUUUCGAGUGUAAGCCCUUUUUCAGAACGAAGUGUCUGUAUGUCUGCUAUCUGACUAUUUGUUCGUUCGUUCGUCUUUGUGCUUAUCUGCCCUCGCCUGAUGUUCUUUUUCUUCUCUUAAAUCCUCAGACUCUUUAUCGCCGCCAUUAAAUGACGGUUUUGCUGGAAGAACUCAGGUAGUUGUUACACAAACAUAGUGUACAUUUCCACACAUGUUUCACGAAUGAUCUUUGAUAUGUAACCUGUAUUGUGGGUGAUAUAAUUACAUUAGGUGUUCUAAACUUAGUCUUUGGCAAGGGAAAUAAAAAGUGAGUGUUAAAUGCCGAGCGUACAACGGAAACGGUGGAGGUUUCUCAGCCUUUUGCGCGGUCAUUUUUCGCUCUCACGCUGUACAUUUCUUCCGCGCUAAACUGAACGAGAAAAGUGGAUGUUUCUUUAAGCCAAGCUUUCAUUUUUUUGUUUUCUUGUUGCAGUUGUUUGAUACAUUGGUGUCUUUCUUCCCUGAACACAUGACACAACCAAAAGGAAAUCUUGUAGAUCUCAUCACUUUCUAGCAUUUCGGAAUAUCCAGUGAAUAAACAGCAAUCAAGAACCAUGGAAUUUAACGAGAUCGAUGAGUAAUGAGCGGCCCUUUCAAAAUAAGAAGCAAAAACUGCUUUUAACAUAUCCGUGAACAAGAUUGUUCUGCUACACAGACUAUGGUUCUGAAACAAGUUAGAGACAGGUUACUAUUGAUCACCUGGGAGGGUGGGUGGGAGGAUUUUGGUUGUGUCUCUUAAAAUCCUCCACCCCUCCCCCCCCCGGCCAUUAAUAAUUACUUGUCCCUCAGGUUCAGGUCAACAAUGCAAAGCUUGUAUUUGUAAUUAGUAUGAAGUAAAACAACAAA